AUGAAACCGAUGGAGGCAAAGGUGAAGGAGGAAGUGCCCGACAAAGAAUACAAUCAGCCAUCUACGACUGAGAGGAGGAAAUCUACCACAUCUGGUAAAGAGAGACGAUCUCCGGAGCAAGAGGAGGCCAGGUCGUCUCCAACACCAAAUCCUCCAAGCCCACAGAAUAAUGGAACUACUGCAACCUUAUCGUCCACCGAGUCUCUGUCACCACCGCUCCCAGAAGGGUCUCGGUCAGCUCCAGCGCUGCAACGCUUGAGGCGUUUCCUCUCCGCCCUUCAACAGUUCGCUUCAGACAUCGGCACUGAAACCGGUGACAGAGUGCGACAGUUAAUUUUCAACCUUGUUGCUGGAGUCAUGAAUAUCGAAGACUUUCAGACAGGUGUACAAGAGUGCACUAACUACCCUCUGCGAGCGUCUGUGCCCGGCUUUUUGCGGGCUUUGCUGCCGUUGGCACAAAGGGACCUGCACGCGAGAGCGCGGAGAGUGAAACAGACUCCUCUCCAAUACAUCAGGUCGCAUGAGCAUCUGAUCCUGGAGUCAGGAGGUGACAGCAGUGAUAUCUUCGCACCGCAACAGACCGCCGGGAACGAGACGGCCACCAAAAGGCGGGCUAGCGAUCCUUUCUACGACACCCAAACGAACGGCUCACACGAUGACUACCCACCGCAUGCGAAAAGACCCAGUCUUUUCAACCCAUCACCGUUCUACCCGCUGCCGAGCAACGCGAGUCUUUUUGACUACAACCCUUACCACGGCUACCAUAACGCCCAGGAUGGUGGCUUCGAAAGGCGUGAUGGUGGUAUCACAGUCCGUGAUGUUUCCUCGAUGAACGCACCAUUCACAGAACCUCGGCCAGCUGGUCUUCUGAAAAGUGAUGAUGAGUGGAAGAACAUAAACACGAUGCUGAACUGCAUCCUGAGCAUGGUGGAGAAGACCAAGCGGGCACUCGCCAUAUUACAACAGAGAGGAAUCGAACCAACAGAAAGUAACGAUAUUAAAAGAGCUGCAAGUGAGAUAAUGGCGGCCGCGGUGCGCCAGACCGAGGAGCGUGUCGCGGAGGUGCGGAGACGAGCUGAAGAUGCUGUGAACCAGGUAAAACGCCAAGCGCUUCUAGAACUGCAACGAGCAGUUGGGGCCGCGGAGACGAAGGCGCUGGAACUGCUGGCGGCCGAGCGCGGCAAGAUGGACAGGAUCGUGGAGAGGAGACACUCCCCGCCCCCCGGACGAGACCUCAGUCCCAGUGCCUCGGGACAGCAGAAUUGCUGCUGGAACUGCGGGCGCAAGGCGGCGGAGACGUGCUCGGGCUGCGGCGCCGCGCGCUACUGCGGCGCGCUCUGCCAGCACAAGGACUGGGAGAACCACCACCAAGUAUGCAGCGGCCGCGACCAAAAACCAACAGCCCUCCUGCGAACCUCCCCUCCCACCACACAAACCACAACCAAACCCCUUCCGCGCUCCACAACUCCCAUAACCACUCCCGCAACCGACAACCGACUCUCCCUCACCCCCAUAAACUCUGAACGGUUGAUAGCCAGUGAACGGUUGAUAACCAAUGACAACCGUUUAUCAAUAACCACUCUAAAUCAAGAUCGCAACGUGGCAUCGAACCCUGAUCGCAUAGCACUUUCAACCCUCACCACUCAAGGGUUGAUGGCUAUAUCGAAGAAA